AUGGUUAACGAACUUUCAGAAUUUCUACGCAUAUGUCAUGUUAACUGUCAAUCGUUAAUGGCUCACCUUGACGAGUUCCAAGCCUAUUUUGGUCCCACAGGAUAUCACAUAAUAUGCCUAUCCGAGACCUGGCUGAAGCCUGCUGUUUCGGAUGAUCUUAUCUCACUGCGUGGGUACCAGAUUUUCAGAUGCGACAGGCGGGGUAGGAAUGGCGGUGGAGUUGCUUUUUACAUCUCCAACUCGCUUCAGGCAAGGAUCCUGCUGCAUUCGGAAGGUGUAUGUGACGGAAGACCUGAAUUUCUAGUGGCCGAAAUCUCUGUAGGUAGUAGUUCUAAGAUACUCCUGGCGGUGGUUUAUCGGCCGCCUCAUUGUGGAUACUUACGAGAAUUUUUAGAUGCAUUCGCGGAUCUCUCUACCGGCUACAAGCACUUGAUAAUCUUUGGCGACUUCAAUGCUGAUCUGUGCUCUACCACUUUUGACUUGACUCAAAUCUUAACUUUCAUUGAAGCCACGAACCUCUACUUGGUUCCUUAUGCUCCAACCCAUCACACUCGUUCGUCUUCCACACUUCUAGACUUAUGUAUCGUUGAUGAUGCUGAUAAAUUGAUAUCCUACGGGCAAUGCGACGCAUGUUUCUUGUCUGCCCACGAUCUCAUCAGCAUCAAAUACAGGGUCAGAAUUGAGCAUCACCUCAGACGCAAGAUCGUGGUGCGUGAUUUCCGUUCUUUUGACAUUGAUGACUUCUUAAAUGAUCUGAGAGGAUAUGACUGGAACGUACUGUAUCAGGCUGACAACAUCGACAGCAAGGUUUCGUUUCUGAGUGAUGCUCUUACUGAGUGCUACGACAGGCAUGCGCCCCUACGAAUCAUCCAGCCCAAGCAUUUUCCUGCUCCCUGGCUUACGCCAGACAUCAAAUCUGUGAUGAAGACUAGAGACAGAGCGAGGAGAGUUCAGGCUUUAGUACGUUCCGCCAAGGAAAAAUAUUAUCUGAACGCCUUUCAAGACAGCAGCGAACCGACUGCUAUAUGGAAGAAGCUUAGGCAUCUUGGUCUCUUAAAAUCCAAAAAUGUAGAUAAAAAACUCAUCUUCCCUACGGACGAACUCAAUGAGUUCUUCGCAAGUGUUGCGGCAGGCUCUGACGGACAGCAGACACACCACCCUGUCUAUCUCGGCGAAGAAACUUACGAAGACUCCAAAUUCUAUUGGAGUAACAUUGAAAAAACUGCUGUGGCAAAAGCUUUGCUUCGAAUCAAAUCUGAUGCGAUUGGAGUCAACGGACUGUCUUGCAAACUCUUCAUUUGGGCUCUACCUUGCGUCCUUCCGGUUUUAACACAUAUUUUCAAUUUCAGCCUGACAUACGGUGUUUACCCUCGAACUUGGAAGACAGCUAUCAUCUGCCCGAUUCCGAAGGUUAAAUGUCCGUCGGAAAUGCAAGAUUAUAGGCCAAUUUCGAUUCUUUGCGCGGUCUCAAAGGCAUUAGAGCGCAUCGCGACUGAGCAGAUAUCGCGCUAUAUGGAAGAAACGGGCGCCUUGGAUCCAUUUCAAUCUGCGUAUAGAAAAGGACUUUCUACACAGUUUGCGUUAAUUCGCGUACUUGAUGAUGUGAGACAGGCUGCAGAUGGUAGGAUGGUGACAGUUGCGGUCUUUUUUUAUUUCACCAGAGCAUUCGAUUAUGUUAAUCAUUAUCGCUAUUACAUUUUAAUUGACAAAUUAAGAGACCUCGGCCUAUCCACUUCAGCCUUAAGAUGGUUAUGCUCCUAUCUUAAUGACAGAAAGCAAGCUGUGCGUGAUCCUAUAACGAGGACGACGUCGUCUGAGCGUCCAGUGUUCACCGGUGUGCCUCAGGGCUCAGUUUUGGGACCUCUCUUAUUUGUCAUCUACUUAAUUGGUUUCGGCAGAGUCCUUAAACACUGCAAAUAUCAUUUCUACGCUGAUGACCUGGUGAUUUAUCUGCACACUGAGCUUAAAAAUUUAACUGAAGCUAUUCUCAGAAUAAACGAGAACAUUACUAGCAUCACGCACUGGGCCACAUCUAACAAGCUAUCUCUUAAUCCCAGCAAAACCAAGGCCAUGAUCAUGGGCACCCCUAGAUUCAUCAGCGGAUUGAACUUGGAUGUACUACCUAGAAUCUACAUCAACGACGCAGCCAUCUCUUAUUGUGACACAGUGCAGUACCUGGGUGUGCAUAUUACGAGCUCACUUUCGUGGGAGAAACAUGUAACAAAAAAAGCAGCUAAAGCAAAUGCAAUUCUCCAUCAGCUAAAGCUCUGUAAACACCUACUGCCGCUUCAUCUUAAAUUACGGCUUAUAACUACCCUGAUUCUGCCACUGUUCGAUUACUGUUGCGCCGACAUCACUCUCAUCAGUUGCACUCUCCGACUUCACUACCGAACACAACCUUCGUCUACAAAGGUCUUUGAAUACUUGUGUUCGGUUCAUCUUCCAGGUAAAACGGGAUGA